CAUAAUUAUAAGUAUUUAAUAUUACUCUAUUCGUAUUAAGCACCCAGCGUUCCUCACCGGCAGCCCCGAAUCUCCGCGACAAGCUCCUCUCCUCUCGGACCCACCCACCGCUGCGGUGCGGGCCGCCCUCCGGAUCCCGCCCACGGAGGCAAAUGAGCGCCCUGACGGCGUGCCGAGCGGGCUCCCGCUGCUGGCAGAGCUGGCUCUCCCAGGUCGGCCCCGCUUCGCGGCACCGCAGCCCCCAGCGAGUAGCAGGGGCGUUCCCGGCCCGCCGCCUCUCCUCCAUGGCCGCCACCAUCCGCUUCUCACCAGCCACCCGCAGCCUCUUCGAUGAGCCGCUGGGCAUCACCGUGCAGGGCCUCAGCCCACGGCAGCAGGUCACCCUGCGGGCGUCCCUGCGGGACGAGGGGGGCGAGCUGUUCGAGGCCCACGCCCGGUACCAGGCGGCGGAGGACGGCGAGCUGGACCUGGCCCGCUGCCCCGCGCUGCCAGGAGGCAGCUUCAGCGGCCUGGAGCCCAUGGGGCUGCUGUGGGCGCUGCAGCCCCGCAAGGCCUUCUGGCGGCUGGUGAAGAAGGACGUGCAGACCCCUUUCCUCCUGCGGCUGGAGGUGCUGGAGGGCCACGGGGAUGACCCCGGGCGGCUCCUGGCCCAGGCUCAGCACGAGCGGGCGUUCCUGCGCGACGGGGUGCGCAGGGUGCCGGUGCGAGACGGGAGGAUCAGGGCAACGCUCUUCCUGCCC